AAGCAAACAGCUGUACGCCUGCGCAGUGCAUGCUGGGAGGAGGCGGUUCCACUCUGUGGCGCUGUGAGAGAUGCUUUGGCUUUUACCCUAAUGACAGUGUAGUAGAGCAGAUUCCUGAGACUGUGUGGAGCAGAGGAACAACACAACCAGAAAGUUCUUGAUAAUGGACCAUAGGAAGGUCCAUGUGAGCUUUGAGGAGGUGGCCGUGUACUUCUCAGAUGAAGAAUGGCAACAAUUGGAGGUCUGGCAGAAAGAGUUUUACAAUGAAGUCAUGCAAGAUAUCCUGGAGACCCUGCUGUCACUAGAAGACAACCUUGUGGAAGGAGAUGGAAAACAAAAUUCUACAGGAUAUGCAGUGAUGCCACAAUGGAGCAAUGACAAGGGAGCCCCUGUGACUGCAAAGCAAAUAUAUGAUCAGGGCAAAAACCUAAACCAUAGAGUCCAAGAGUGGGAAGGUUUGGCACCUCCAGACCACAAAGAUAAAGUAUGGUCUGAUGGCCAGUAUCCCUUACUGCAGGAUAGGCACAACUGCAUGCUGAAGAUACUCUAUCAGUGUAUUGAGUGCAAGGAGAUCUUCUCCAGCCAAUCACUGUUUGAUGCACACAUGAUCAGACACACUGCUUCUCAGGCUGCAAGCUCAUACAAGUAUUCUCAAGUGGAUUUUUUAGGGGCAUCAUGCUUGACGGCUUUGCCGGGUAGAGAAAUGUAUGAGACUCGCUCCAAUUUAGUGGAUGUCUCUGCCCAUGCAGCAGAAGAAAAUUGGUUGCGUUGCCUCUACUGUACCAAACAUUUCUCAGACUUGAGUAUCCUCAUGGAGCAUGAGAGGAGCCACAAGGAAAGCAAGGCUUUUAUAUGCUCUGAAUGCGGGAAGAGCUUUCAUAGGCACUCCAUACUUAAGGUCCAUCAGAGGAUCCACACUGGAGAAAGGCCCUACGCUUGUCCCGACUGCGGUAGAAGGUUUAGCCAGAGAUUUAAUGUUAUUAUUCACCAGAGGAUCCACACAGGGGAAAGGCCUUACCAAUGCCCCAAAUGCAAUAAAAGCUUUCGUUAUCAGACUACCCUCCUUAGGCACGAGAUGGCAAAGUGUGUGGGAAUCAUCCCUACGACAUACCCCCUGCAAAAGGCAAAAAACUUUCAGACAUUGUUGCUCAAGAAUGCCCAGCCACUCAAGGUUACCCAGCCAACCACUAUUCAGCCUCCUUUAACUUCUGAACCCCUUUCCUCAACUUCUUUGUUGUUUGUUUCCCCCAUACCCAAAACUGCAACACCCUGUACCUUAAUAUCAAGUAAUAAGUCCACUGGAGGGUUGGCUCCUCCAUUGCAAAACACUUACAGGCUUAAAAAUCAUAUCAAUGUUCCAGCAACAAUUCCUACAAGAGGUCCCCACCCAAUCGAGAGGCAGUAUAGAUGUGGCCACUGCAACAAAUAUUUUGUCCAUUGGAAACAACUGAAGGAGCACCAGAAAUUGCAUGUGGACGCACAGAACUUGUGCACAGUUUGUAAUAAGAGCUUCUGCAGAAGGUCCACACUCCUCAUCCAUCAGAGAACCCACACAGGAGAGAAACCAUAUACAUGCAAUGAGUGUGGCAAGAAGUUCAGCCAGAGAUUCAAUCUUGUCAUUCACCAACGGAUUCACUCCGAUGAGAAGCCUUAUGAAUGUCAUAAAUGUGGCAAAGAUUAUCGAUACAGAACAGCCCUGCUCAGGCACCAAAGAAAUCCUCCUUGUGCUCCGAAACAAAGCUCUUCCAUGGGCACCCACAAUGUUACAUUAUUACCUUCCCUCAAAAAUAACUCUGUGAAGGCCACUUUGAGAUCUCAUGGAGAGCUUCCUUCAUCCGCAAACCGUGCUUCACAGGGAUCGGCAAAUAUUAAACAACAGCCAAUCGAUAAGAAGACUUCCUUCCCACCGACUCCACAACUGAAAAAACAUGGGAGGAAAUUGUGUCCAGAGUGUGGACAGACCUUCACAAGGACAUCGAAAUGUACUGCUGAGACAGGCAAAGGUGGGACAACGUGUGGUAAAUGUGGGCACUGUGGAAAGGCACUAAAUCUGCCUCUUAACCCUGGGGUUCAGACAAUAAUUCAUACAGAAAAUACAUCAUACAAACAUAGAAAGUUACAAAGAGCUCUCUAUCAUCAUGAAAGCAAAGCGCUUGGAACCUUGGCACACAAGAAUAUGCUACCACCGUUUAGUUACCAUGCCUCUAAAACCAUUGUCCACAAACCUUCCCUGUCUCCUCCUACUCCAGCUCAGAAGCCCUGCACUAAAAAAUGGACCCUGCCUGCCCGAACCCGAGGCAAAAAUGCAAAUAUUGAGCAGUAUAAACGUGAUCUGAAUAAAUAUAGAAAGCGCAAGAAAAAGGAUUCCAAAUCGUGGGACAAAUGUGCAUACUGCGGCAGAGGCUUCAGCAGAAAGCACGAGUUUGAGAUUCAUCUGCGGAGCCACACGGGGGAAAAGCCGUUUGUCUGUGAGAAAUGCGGCAGAGCGUUCAGUCAGAGGUCCAACCUUCUUGUCCAUGAGAGACUUCACACUGGGGAGAAACCAUACAAAUGUCCUGAGUGUGAUGAAGGUUUCCGAUAUAGGCGUGGCCUCCAGAAGCAUCAGGAACGCGGGUUUUGCAUGUGACUAGACAUGGGGGAGUGGAAAUCACACUUUAGGUUAACUCUAGACACUUAGGUUACCAGGAAUAUAGGAUUCGUUUAGAGGCAAGGGAAUGCUGUGGUCGGGAGCGAUGGCAUUAGCCAAAGUACCUUAAUGUUCAGUCGGGAGUAAGAUAUUCUACUGAGUCCCAAAGGAACACCCCAGACAGCUCUCCUGCUUUGUGGACCUGACAGCUGGGCAUUUGCAUUGCUCUGACCUGCCACUCAGUAUAAUAAUUAGUGAUAUGUUUCCUGUUGUGAGAUGUUCCUUGUUAUUUGUAUAUAUACAGUAAGCACUGUGCACCGAACAAUAAAAUGCUCACAAUUC